AUGGCAAAAACAGCCUUUUCGCUCGCAGAGGAGGUGAAGGCUAUGAACCGUAACUGCCAGAACGAUCGCCUGAAAUUCCUAAUCGACAAACUUGUUGACCAUCUUCACGCAUACGUUGUCGAAACGUCUUUAACGGCGGAUGAAUGGAGUGCGGCGAUCCACUUCCUCGGAGAGGCAGGGAAGGUGUGCGCAGAGACUCGUCAGGAGUUUGAUAUCCUUUCUGGUGUCCUCGGUGUAACGACCCUCGUGGAAGAUAUCAAUAACGGGAAACCGGCGGGAGCCACGGAGCCUGCCCUUCUUGGCCCAUUCUUCAAAGAGGACGCACAUAAAGUCGAGAAUGGCGACUCCAUCGCGUCCGAAGGAAAGGGUGACUAUCCAUACGUCGAAGGGCGCGUGCUCGACCUCCAGGGCAAUCCAGUCGCCAACGCGACGAUCGAUACAUGGGAGGCAGAUAGCUCUGGCUUAUACGAUUUCCAGUAUGAAAACCAGGAAGAUUGCCGAGGGCGUCUACACACAGCUGAGGACGGUUCAUUCUCAUUCCGCGCCAUUGUCCCAGUACCGUACCCCAUCCCCGAGGACGGUCCUGCAGCAAACCUUCUCACAUCGCUGGGAAGACACGUCUAUCGGCCCGCACACCUCCACUUUGUCAUCAGCGCGCCAGGAUACGAAUCCGUGACGACCCAGUUCUAUUUCAAAGGCGACCCCUACCUCACAUCCGACGCUACAUUCGGCGUCAAACCCUCGCUAAUCGUGACCCCUGAAAUUGUCGAAGACCUUGCGCUGUCAAAGGCGCGUGGAUUCAAAGACGCCAAACCCCAUACGUAUAUCAAAAAGGACUUUGUGCUAGUAACUCCAGAGCAAGGUAUCAAUGCACGUGCAGCUGUCGCAGCGCAGAACUAG